AUUGAUCAGGGAGCAGCAGCUGGCCUCGAACGCGUUCAGUGUGUCGUCCGUUGCCGCGCCGCCCGUGUGCCGAGUGUGUUCUGUGUCGGUGCGCGCGCGUGUGUUUUGUGUGCGUGUUACGUCGUCGGCGGUGGUGGUGCGCGUGCGCUCCGAAUGUUGUACAGUGUCGCGGUGCGCGUACGACGCCCCUACCACGCCGCCCCUUGGGCCGCGAGUGUUCGCCGUACCGAUUAGCGCGCGUGUCCGUUCGUCCACCGGCUCUGUAAUACGCGUAUUUAUAUUACUGCCACUGCCUACUACCGCUACUAUUACUAUUAUUAUUAUUAUUAUUAUUAUUACCAUUACAACAGUCGUCGACGUGAAAGUUCGCAGGGCUGUUAGUUUGCCGAGUACGAGUGAGCGGGCGAGAGGACGUUCGCUACACACGAUGGCUCGCCGCGCGUAACGGUGCGCUCCAGCGUGUGUUUGGCUAUCGACCAUCGGCAGCGGAAGCACCGACAGCAUCACCGACAUCGACCCGCGAGAGGGGUAGCCAGUAGGCCCGACCCGGAUACACUCCUACCAGUGGACGGUGACCCGGAAUGUCGGCCAGGGAACCGUACGGGCCUGGAUCGUCGUUAGGCGCCACGGGAACGCGUUCACCACGCGGCACCCGGCGCAUAGCCACUGAACUUCCAACGGUCGACCGGUCGCCGUCCAGGACGUAUCCUACAGGAGCGGGCGGAGGUGGAGGUAGCGGCCAGCGGAACAGCCCGGUUGGCCGGAGAACGGUCAGACCGGGCGCCGGGUCGCCCGACCAUCACGGCGGAGGUGGAAUCGGCGGUGGUGGCAGCGGCGCUCAUCAGACCGGCAUCGGAGGUGGUGGUCUGGGCAUCGGAGGUGGCGGCGGCGGUGGUGUCUCGUCGUCGUAUUACCGAGACGACGACCUGAACAGUCCGGUGCUGCUCGACGACCGGGGACGGGCCAUGGGACCGGCCGGCGGCGCGUCCCACCGGUCCCGGAGCGCCAGUCGUCCCGUCGACCGGAUGGGCGUCAUGCCGCCGUCGCGAUACCAGUCGCUGGACCGGAACACCGGCGGCGGUGGCAUACUAUCCGACUCCGGCGGCCAAUACUGCUACGACCGCGACUACAGGUCGUUCGACAGGGACCGCGGUUAUGGAGGCGGUUUUUCGUCGCUGGACGACGAUCCGUACGGCGCAGUGUCGACCAGGGCCAGACAGUCGCCAGGCGGUGGUAUCAGCGGCGGUGGCGUUGGUGGCGGACACUUCAUGUCCAACGCGCGCGACACCGGACACUUCCUGGGCGAACUCCAGCACCAGAACACCGACCUGCACCGCGAACUGUCCAACCUCAAGAAGGAACUCGAGCUGACCAACCAGAAACUCGGGUCCAGCAUGCACAGCAUCAAAACGUUCUGGAGCCCGGAGCUGAAGAAGGAACGGGCCCUGCGCAAAGAGGAGUCGGCCAAGUAUUCACUGAUCAAUGACCAACUGAAACUGCUUCACUCGGAGAACCAGAAACAAUCGAUGUUGGUGCGUCAGCUGGAAGAAGAGUUGAGAAUGCGAAUGCGUGGGCCAAAUAUGGAACUACAGCAGCAAGUAGAAUUGUUGUUGAACGAAAACGACCACUUGACCCGAGAAGUGGCCAUCCUCAGAGAGACUAUUAAGGAAUUAGAGCUCAGGAUAGAGACACAAAAGCAAACCUUACAGUCUAGAGACGAUAGUAUAAAGAAGCUUUUGGAUAUGCUCCAGAACAAAGGCGUUGGUGGUAAAGUGGUAGAGGCGAUUGAAUUAGAGGCCCGUCAAGUUGAUUUAGAGGCACGACUGUUAGAGAAUGAAAACCUUGUCCACCACUUCCAGUCUGUUAUCAGGAAUCGGGAUCAGGAACUCAACAGUACGAAGCGCGACCUAAAGGCUACCAAUGACAAUCUAAAAGCACUGCAAAUGGAGUUAGAAAAAGCGUACCAGACACAAAACGUGGGGGUGGCUUCCAGUGGCACGCUGACGGCCAUUUUGGAGACAAAGGAUGCUCGCAUAGCGACAUUGGAAAAAGAAGUCGGUCUCCUUGAACAAGAACUGGAUAGGAUGCGAUUGUACGCCGGGUCACCGGGGCACGCGCUAGACAGGGGCGUUCAGUACGCGACGACGCCAGCGUUCAAGCACCAAUUAGAAGAGUUCCGGUCGGAAAUCCAAAGACGUGAUCAAGAAAUUGUGGCCAUGAGUGCCAAAAUGAAAACUUUGGAAGAACAACACACCGACUACCAGCGACAUAUCGGAGUGCUGAAAGAGUCGUUGAGUGCAAAAGAAGAACAUUACACAAUGUUACAAGCGGACGUUGAAGAAUUACGUUCACGACUUGAAGAAAAAAACCGUAUAAUUGAAAAAAAAACACAAACUGCUUUGCAAGCUACUCAGGAAAAAAAUAGAGUGACCAAUGAAAUCAAUGAGCUCAAGGAUCACGUUGAUAUUAAGGAUCGAAAAAUUAACGUUUUGCAAAGAAAAAUUGAAAAUUUAGAAGAUUUAUUGAAAGAGAAAGACAACCAAGUAGAAAUGGCUAGAACAAGACUAGCAUCACUUCAAGCGCAUCAAUGCUCAUCUGAAGGUGCGGUUACAAGUUUAGAAGAGGCAAUAGGUGACAAAGAAAAACAAAUGAACCAAUUACGAGAACAGAGAGAUCGAGCUGAACAAGAUAGACAAGAAGAAAGGGACUUACAUGAAAGGGAUAUUGCUGAUUUCAAAUUAAAACUUCAUGCACUAGAAAGCGAAGUCGAAAAGAUUCACACUCGAUUAAAUAGAGCAAAUUCUGAGAAAAGUCGUUUAGAAGAACGAUUGGAACAAUCACAGAGCGAACUGGGAAAAUCAAAGGCUGAAUUAGAAAAAGCGUCAAGUGAAGUGAAUAGAAGUGGAGCGGACUGGGAGUAUACAAGACAGAAAUUCGCCAGAUUAGAACUGGAAAAUGCCCAACUACGGCAAGAUUUGGAGUUAUCACAAACGACAUUCGGUAGAAGCACGCUGACCAAAUCACAAGAAAUGGACAGAGUACAAGACAGAGCCGAUAAAGCGCUCGCAGAUUUGAGAGCAGCACAAGCUGACCUCCGCAUAACUCGAGCUGAUAAUGAUAAACUAAUGGGUGAAAUCAAGGCAUUACAGGAAAAACAUGAGAUGUCUCAAGGCGAAAUAUAUAGGUUAGUAACAAAACUAGAAAAGUCCCAAGGUGACAUAAAUAAUGUCAAGGAUGAAUACGAGCGCAAUCAAUCAAGUGUAACUAGAAUCCUUGCGGAAAGAGAAAAGGCCUUAGUAGAGUUAGAAAAAACUAAAGAAGAUUUGGAACGAUCUCAGAGUACACUAGGAAAAGCACAACUUCAACAAGAGAAAUUACAAAUGAUGUUAGACGAUGCACAAAGGGAAACCGAUCGUGUGCAAGAUAUGCUAAAUAAAACAACGAAUGAACUCAGGAAGUGGCAUAUUGAAAAGGAACAAAAUACGUUUGAACUUACUAAUGUUCAAACACAACUAGACAAAUCACUUGGACAAGCAGCACGUUUACAAAAAGACAAGGAAACUAUUCAAAGCGAGUUCGAAAACUUAAAGGCUAAAUACGAAAUCAGCCAAUCGAUGGUAGCCAGAUUACAAAAAGAGAAAAAUCAAUUGUUAGACGACAGUGAGAAAAAUAAAAAUGACGCUGAUCUAUUCCAUUCACAAAUAAUGAAGUACCAGAGAGAAAAAGAAAAAAUCCAAGCUGAACUUGAUCUCACUGAAGAAAGAUUUGAGAAGGCACAAUCGAUGUUUAAAAAAACACAGCUUGAAAAGGAAGAUGCUAUAAAUGAAGUUGAUUUGCAAAAAGAAAAAGUAGAAAAGUGUCAGAAAGCAAUGUAUGAAGCAGUACAAGACAAAAAUAGUGCUAAAGAUGAAUUGGAUAGAGUUAUGGAAAAAUACGAUAGAAUACAAAAUGAAUUAUAUCAAGUAAAGAAAUCUUUAGAAACUGUCGAGAAUGAAAGAGAUGAUGUUAAAUUAGAAAUGGAAAAACUACAGCUGCAUGCAAUGAAAGCUAGGGAUGAUCAAAGGAAAUCCAAAUCAGAAAUACAAGAGUUACAGGAAUCAUAUGACAGACUAAUAAUACAAUUAGAAAGAACUAAAGACGUAGAAGACAAAUUCAAAGACGAAAAAGAUCACUUAAUGAAUAACUUGGACAUAAUGAAAGAACGGUGUGAUAAAUUACAAAUGGACGUAAGAAGGCUGUCAGCAGAAAGAGAUAAACUACAGACAGAAGCUAUGAAUAACGCAUACGAAAUGGAAAGAGCUCAUUCCCAAGUUUCUAAAACGCAAGUGUUACUCGAAGACCAACAGAAGGAUGUAAAUAAACUUUCAAUUGAAUUGGAAAAAAUAUCCGAAAAGUAUAACAAACUAAUGAUAGAUUACAAAAAGUCACAAUCGGAUAUUGAAUUGUAUAAAACACAGGCAUCUACUUUUAGAGAUGAAGCUGAAAGAUAUUCAGUUAGGCAACAAGAAAGAAUGAAAGAAGAAUUAGAAGUGUUUAGAACUAAAUAUACUCAAGAAAUGGAAAAAUCAGAGAAACUGCAGUCAACAUGUAAAAAAUUAGAAGAUAAAAUACAUGAUAUAAACUUGGAAUUGGAAAAGAGUAAAUCAGAAUAUUCUAAAUUUAAAAAAGAAAACGAAAAGUUUAUAUUGGAUCACGAAAAGUUACAAAUGAAAUGUGAUAAACUAGUAACAGAUAAUGACAAAUUAAGGAUAGAAAUUGCUACAGUUGGAGAGCAAAAUAGUUUUGAUCUAGAAAGAACUAAAGACCGUUACGCAAAAACAAAACAGUCACAUGAGAAAACUGAAAUGGAACUUUAUAGAACCCAAAUGGAUGUAGAUAAACUUAAGAAGGAAAAUGAAAAAUUGAAAACCGAUUUAGUUCGAGUUGAAGCUGAAUUGAUACAAUUCAAACCAGAAAGAGAUUACGAUAGGUUUAUGAGAGAUAAACCAGUGUUAGGAAGGUCACAAAGUACAUGUAAAGACUUUGGAGAUUUCGACCGUACGAUGUCUGAAGAUCGAUUACGAGACCGCCUUGAACAAAGUCAAGCAAAAUGUCAUAGGAUUUCUGAAGAUAAAUUAAAAUUAGAGACUGAGCUACAUCAAGUCAAACGAGCAUUAGAGCAACAGCAAAUGUCUUUAUCUAAUUCUGAACUUCAUGUAAAAGAAAAUAUUGUAAAGGUCCAACAAGAUCUGAAUCAAGCGUUGAGAGAAAAAGAAAUUCUUAAAGAAAAACUCGAAGUUAAAGAAAAACAAUUACAAGAAUGGAAAUCACGACUAGAUAGCUCUAGUAUCAUACUAACAGAGAGAGAAGAGCUUUUAAAACAGAUGAAAAAUAGUGAGAGACGUUUGGAAGAAUCACAAAAACAAAUGUCCAAACUUGACGGUGACUUGAAAAAAGUAACUUCUGAAAGAGAUGAGUUAAUAAACAUGUUAAAGAAGUCUCAGUCAGUGUUGUUACAAUGCCAAGACAAGUUGCAAGCUUCUGAAAGAAGUUUGGAAAUAGAAAAGGAUGAAGUUAAACGAUUAAAGGCUGAGCUCAGAAAUCAAGACACGAGUGCCAAACAGAACAACGAGCAAGACUCUUCCCGUUUAAGAGAUCUAAUAAGAACAAAAGAUAAAGAGUUGGAUACUUGUAGACAAAACUUAGCAAUCAAAGAACAAGAAACGAAAACUCUUCAGCAGGCAAUACAACAAAUGCAAGUGGCGUUAAGAGAGCGUGACCAAGGUGUCGAUAGUGAAAGAUCUAAUUUACAGAAAUCGAUGGAUGCACAACGCAUGAUGACUGAAGAACUCCAAAAGAAAUUACAAUCUGCACAACAACAGAUAAACACAAAAGAAACUGCUAUGGCCGAACUCAAAAAACAACUACAAGCCCUUCAGACAGAGAGUAAACGAAAAACAGACGAAUAUACUGCUAAAGUUGCAACAUUAGAAAAACAACUUCAAGUAUCUGCAACGUCAAACGAUAAUGCAUUGAAAGAAGACGUAAGAAAACUCUUGGACGAACUAGACCAUACUCAGAGUGAGCUCAAAAAUCUUGCUUUGGAAAAAGAUAAAGUAUCACAUCAAAAUCAACAGAUUCGAAACGAACUUGAGAAGAAGCAGCUUGAAUUACAAGAAGCCCAGAAAAAAGCUCAUGUAAUAGCAUCAAAGUCGAGCGAAGAAACAAACUCAUUAAAAGCACAAUUAGAGGAACAGAAAAGACAAUUAGAAGCACAACGUCGACAACUUGAAGAACUUAGAAAAAGUGUCGAUGGCAGAUCGAGACAGUUAGAAGAAAAAGAAAAACACGUAGCGGAAUUGGACGCUAAGUUAAAGAAACGAAAAGAAAAUUUGGAUCUCUUGGAGUCUCAAAUAAACAAAGGCAAGUCGCAAGCCGGUGACAGUGAUGUAAUUAAAAGACUGCAAAGCCAGAUUGAAAGCUUACAAAAAGAAUUGGAAAAAUCUAAGGACGAGGCGAGUAGAUCUCAGACAGACAUGGAAAGGCUGUUACAAGUAGUGCAAAUGGGUCAGGAAGAACAAAAUGCGAAAGAAAAACAAAUCAGAGAAUUGCAAGAAGCGUUGAAAAAUGCACAACCUAAGAUGAGAGUUCCACACCCAUCAUCUCAACAGCAACAGCAGCAAUCACACACUUCAAGACAGCCAAAAAAAGACGAAGAGAAUAUAGAUAUACCAGAGGACGUCGGAACGCUACUCGGUAACUUUGAACACGUUAAAUGUGAAUUAGAACGUAAGUUCGCUGAAGAACUAGAAGAAUUGCUGGACGUAAUACAACUUAAAAACGAUCAUAUUGAAGAACUUCAGGAAGCGCUAAAAGAGAGCGUAACGAUCAUAUCAGAACGCGAGGAAGACUUGUUCCAAGAACAGAUCAAACGAAAGGACAUUCAGGAUCAGGUCUGUGGAUUGGAAGAGCGAUUGUCUUUGGCAGAAAACCAAUGCAAAAAUUGUCGUGGGCUGUACAAGAGACUGGAGGCGUUAGAAGAACAGCUAUUCAGUCUUCAAUCUGAAAGACGAAAGAAACUUCAAGAGUUAUCACAGUUGAGACAAGAAGCCUUGGAAUCCGCUAUAAGUGAAAAAGAUGCACAUCUAGCGCUAUUAGAAUUCAAUGAUAUACGUCGCUAUACGGUCAAACAGACUGAUGUGAUCGACAAGUUAAAAGCCGACAAGGCCCGACUGAUAAAACGUCUACACGAAGAAACCGAAACGGCCAUUGAACUCCUCCAAGAGACAGCGAACGCGAAAAGCAACAAUUAUUGAAAUAUACGUAAUUGUUAUGAAUUAUAAUGUUGUCGUUUAGGUUAGUCUACUAUGAAUAUUAGGUUUGGUUGAUAAACUAUCUUUGUUUUCCUACCUAAUUUCAGACUAGUCUAUCCAAAAACUAUAAACCUGUCCCGCAUUAGUUCCUAUAUAUGAUUAUCAUUUUUAAAUGUCUACUUAAAUAUAAUACUUUUUAGAAUUUAACUAUUUUAUCAAAUACUAGUAUAUAAUAUUAUGUAUAUUUUUUUUUAUACUUUUUUCUAUUUUUCACUAUGCAUCACUUUCGAAAAAGUUAAAAUUAUGUUUAAUAAUAUUUAUUAACGUGCAUUUUGAUUCUCGACCGUAACGAACCGUGUUUCAGAUAAAUUAUUACUAUAGCCAUUAAGAGAAAAAUGAUUUUUAUCGGUCGCGAUUUUACUCCGUGGUAUUUUUUUUUACCGAAAAACAAUUAAUUUUUAAUAUUGUUAUGGCGAUUAGGUCGUGCAAAAAAUCGACUAACAGAUAUACUUAUAUACAUAUUUUAUAAUACCUGUAAAACUUACCUGCCCGCGAUUUGCGCUGCAAAAAAACGUCCCUCGCGAAGACAUCUAUACUCAGUAUUGAAGCGGAUCUUUUUUAUGGAAACGUCCACGAAUUAUAUGAUGUUUCCUACGUUUCACCGUGUUUUUAAUCGUCUAUUUAAUAAUGUUAUUAUGAAUGCGUUGAUAUUAUUGAAUUUAUAAAUUUGGACGUUGUUAUUGAUAUACUUAACGAAUGACUCGUGGGAACUGCUAAUAAUCGUACACUUGAUCGUUUCUUUUUCUAAUUUUACACGCGCAGAUCGUCGUCUUUUAUUACACAAUCUAUUUGUGCGUUUAAGGAUUGUAAAUACAAACAAAAAUUAUAUUAAUUAUUACAAAUUGUUGCUGUUUUUCGCUAAACGAAAUCGAAUAAAAUCUUUUUUUUUUUUAACAAAAACAAGCACAAAAUAAUAUAAUAUUAUGAUACAUAAGCCACAAUGUUAAGAAUAAUUUUGUAUGCAAAUUAUUAAAACUAUUUCUAAUACUAUAAAUAAUACGGUUAGCUUAAUGAAUAUAAUUAAUAAUAUAUAAUAAAAUAUAAUACUACUAAAUAAUAACUUAUCGCGUAAAAACACUCCCGACUUUGUCAUACACAGAUUCAUUCGAGUAUAAUAUUCCAUCGCUUGGCCUUUUUAUCCUACUCUUGUGUUCUAUACAAAAAAAAAAAAAAAAAAACAAUAAAAAAAAUCAAAGAAGUGUAAUUCAUAUUCAAUCGAUUGUUUGUACUUUUUUUUUUAAUUUGUCCACCUAUAUUAAUAAUAUAAUAUAUAUAGUGUCGUUUUGUCGAACCAGCACGAAUAAAGAAAUGUGUAUUAUUGAAACGUAUAUAUAUAUAUACAUUAAACAUAUAUUUAUAGUUGUUAUAGAAUCGUCGUGAGGCUAUUUUUUUUUCGUAGGUUACAGACGUAUAGCGAUAAUAUUUAGACCAACACAAAUGAUACACGUUCGCUCAGUCACACACACGCCUCGCGUGCAAGCAAUAUUUACGUAGGUGAGAUGUGUGUUAUCCACCGAUGAGUGCAGCGGGCGCCCGCGCACCGCCCUGUUAUUCGUUUAUUAUUGCCUAACGCAAAAACCACAAGACAAUUUGUUUGCAAAUGAAAAAUCCAUCUCGUAUUGCGUAUCGGCCUUUCGUGUACAUUGUCAGUAUAAUAAUGAUAUUGUAAUAACCACUGUGGGAGACGCGCGCGUUUGGGACUUACGGCGAAAAAAAAAUAACCAAUAAUAAUUUAUAUUAUAUACAAUAUUAUAUUAUACAAAAUAUUAUAUAGGUAUUAUAGUAGGGAGACUAUGUGCGAUUAUGUUAAAUAUUAUAUGUUAUGGUUAAAAUUUUAUGAAUCAUUGUUAUAUCAUAAAAAUAUGGAAUUGUGUUCAUAUGAAUAAAGUUAAAAAAUUAAACGA